CCAUGAUAGAUAGGGUUGAUAAAACUCAAAGUCAGCACAAAAGACAACUUGGGUCCAUCAUGACUAUGAACAAACGAAAAAAGGCAAUUGGUUUUACUUGCAAAAUCAUUCGGAUGGCCCAAAAAUAUUGGUUUGUGUGUUUUCGGUUGAUAGGUUUCCACGACUGCCACGUUUAUUAUCCACUUUCAAAUUUUGGACCAAACCUCCAUGUCCCAUGUGAAAACUCCUUCACUUCACCUAUCACUUCCCACUUUAAAAGCCAGUAAGUAUCUAAUCUGAUCCCUUUCUUUUGGUACUUGCAAUCUUACUUCAAUGGCAUCGUUGUCUAGAAUUGUUCUCAAGGACUGUAAGUUAGGGACAUAUGACGCUGUGUAUAGACCAAGCUCUUCUUUUCCUGCUAGGAAGCUUCAAACUUAUCUGGAUUUUAGAUGUAAGAGAUUGGUUUCCUGUAGCUAAGAAUGGAAGAUGUUGCACAAUUCGGAACAGGCCAUGGAGUCCAAUAGUUGCUCUUACACCCCCUUCUUUGAUCGUUCAGACUUCAAGGAACUCCCAAGUUUUAUGCAAGGCUGCAACAAAUGUAUCUGGGGAUUUUCCUAGUGGCACCCCUAGCGGAAUGAGUCCAUAUGAGAGAGUAAUUGAAACUUUGACAACUCUUUUUCCUGUGUGGGUCAUAUUGGGCACCAUUAUUGGCAUCUACAAGCCGGCUGCUGUAACAUGGUUGCAGACAGACCUUUUUACACUUGGCCUAGGUUUCCUCAUGCUUUCAAUGGGAUUGACAUUAACAUUCGAGGAUUUCAGACGUUGUAUGCGGAAUCCAUGGACUGUGGGUGUAGGAUUUCUCGCACAAUACCUGAUUAAGCCCAUGUUGGGUUUUGUCAUUGCAUUGACUCUAAAACUUUCUGCACCUCUUGCAACCGGUCUUAUUUUGGUCUCAUGCUGCCCAGGAGGUCAGGCAUCAAAUGUUGCAACAUACAUAUCUAAGGGAAAUGUGGCACUUUCAGUUCUCAUGACAACGUGUUCAAAUAUUGGAGCUAUUAUUAUGACACCACUCCUCACUAAGCUUCUUGCUGGUCAGCUAGUUCCAGUUGAUGCCGCGGGUCUGGCAAUCAGUACUUUUCAGGUUGUUUUAGUGCCAACAAUAAUUGGAGUGUUGGCAAAUGAAUACUUCCCCAAAUUCACUUCUAAAAUAGUGACAGUGACACCUUUAAUUGGAGUUAUUCUCACCACCCUUCUUUGUGCCAGCCCUAUCGGGCUAGUUUCAGAUGUCUUGAAAACUCAAGGAGCACAACUAGUACUGCCAGUGGCUAUCCUCCAUAUUGCUGCAUUUGCUCUUGGUUAUUGGAUUUCAAAAAUAUCAUUUGGUGAAUCCACUUCUCGUACUAUAUCUAUAGAAUGCGGGAUGCAGAGCUCUGCACUUGGGUUUUUGCUUGCCCAGAAGCAUUUUACAAACCCCCUUGUUGCUGUCCCUUCUGCUGUUAGUGUUGUUUGCAUGGCGCUUGGUGGCAGUGGUCUUGCAGUCUUUUGGAGGAACAGUCCAAUACCUGUUGAUGACAAGGAUGACUUCAAGGAAUGAGAAGUCUCAGGCCCUUUUUUCUUUUUUUUAUGGGUAUUGGCUUUUUCUAAAUUUUGCUACUUUGAAGGGAUAUUUUUUCUGGUCUUCUUAAUAUAGGGUUCUUAUUGAGCAUACAUUGUGACAACCUCAUUUGGCAAUUUCAGGGGACUUCGAAUUUUUUUUUU